GACCGCAGCUCCAUGUCGAUAGCCACAAGAAGGGAGUGAGGAGCCGUCAAGGGACGCAGGAUGGUGACGUGUUGGAAACGAUCGGAAAACCGUUUGGAGGAAGCACAGAGCACGGAUGGGGCUCCACCUGCAGCCCCCCAGUCCCAUUUCCCACACAAGGCAUUCUGGGUCAGCCUCUCCGCCUCUCUGCUCUUGCUGGUCAUCGCCCUCGGUUUGACGGGGAACCUCGGGCUGUCUCAACCCCUCUCUCAGCCUUCACAGAUUGUGAGAAUCUCGGCUCAAGAUCCGACCGGACUUGUGAUCAAUCAGUCGGCGGUGGUGGACCAGCAGAACGACCUGGUGACCUUUUCGGUGACCUCUUCGGCAAAUCAGACGUCCACCGUGCUGUUUGAUGUCAAACGCGGUUUGAUAUGUUACAAACCAGUGGGCCAGGACACCUGCUUCCUGCAGAAGAUGGAGGAGUCUGAUUAUGACAACGUGCGAGCCCUCCUUCAUGAGCAAACCCACCAGCAGAGUCACUUCCAGCUGUCUGGGAACGAGACGCAGAGGCAGACAGAGUUCCUGGGGGUACUGGCGGCCAGUCGGGUGGAUGUGUCCACUCUGGAGGAGCCGGUGCAGGCGCUGUGUCACGACAGCUCCGUCCACUGGACCAGGAGGGCAAACGGCCCGGGCAAACAGAGGCUGGUCUACUUCUGCAUCGACAUCUGUUUCCCCAGCAACAUCUGCGUGUCUGUGUGUUUCUACUACCUGCCCGAGUGACUGUGCAUGCUCAGCUCUUCUCCUCCCAGCGAAAAACAUCAGGGAAAAAGGCAAAGUGGUCUUUUUAGGCUUCCCUCUACAAGGCCGAAUGAAAAAAAGAAAAGAGAAAACGGAACAAAACCCAGUUUUGACUGUUUUCUUUGUGCCGUGCAGCUGCCGGUGAACCAGUCCACCCUUCUGAGCGAGCAGAGACAUGAAGACAGGCUGUCACUGUUAUCACCAGAGCCCCAUCGUCACCCCCUUCAUGUGUAAUACCCUCUCUGGUCGCACGCUUCACAGAUUACAGAAGAAUGAAACCCCAAUUGUAUUUCCUGUAACCCACUGCUGCCGUGUGAUUAUGUGUAGCCAUUCCUUUUGCAGCUCUGAUCUGCCUAAUAAAAGGUGCAUUUUUCUUCA